AUGUUGACAGGCCACUCAGGUCUCGCAGAAGAAAGACUACGGAUAGAGAAGAUCUGUGUAGACCGGCAAGCAGGGACCCAUUCACCACUGCAAACAGGCUCAGGGGACAGUGGACUGCAAUUGGAAGAAAAAUAUCUAGCUUUGAGGAGACUUUCAAGUGUCCGGUUCCUUUUUGUCAGCACGUCAGCUACAGAUGUGACAUACGAUGCACGAGACAAGAAACGGGACACAACUGUGGACUAUACAACUGUGCAGGAACACAUCAUUGUCCUAAUAGCCACACCAUUCCUCUACAAGAAGUAUGUGACGAUAAAAGCCAGUGUCCAGAUUCCGAUGACGAGUCUGUAUGUGUCCAUCCGUGCCAACCUAGUUAUAUCAGUUCUACCUGAUAAAGUGUUUAGAGAUCUCCCUGUACUUUACAUGCUGAACCUAUCUAAAAAUCAUAUAUCAGUUCUACCUGAUCAAGUGUUUAGAGAACUCCCUGUACUUAGGAUAGUGUACCUAUCUAACAAUCAGAUAUCAAUAACUUCUCUUCCCACCCUAUCUGCCUCUGUUGAAUCGCUCGAUAUAUCAUACAAUGAUUUUUCACAUUUAACUUUUAGUACGUUCACUAAUUAUAGUAAUUUAUCUUUUUUGGAUAUCACAGGGAACAAGCUGAAAGUUAAGCAACACAUGUUUGAAGGUUUAGACAAUCUGAUUGUUUUACUGACUGAUACUCCAUUCAUGUGUUGUGUUAAGCCUAAGUCGGUUGCCGAAGAUAGAUGUCUAAAUAGGCAAUAUAAUAUAUUCCGUUGCAUGUUUGAACCAGAUACCUGCAAAUCAGAAGAAGAUAUGAUAUCCUCUUGUGAUAAUUUGAUAGGUUCAGAUUUACUUAGAGUUUUUCUCUGGAUAAUUGGAGUUUGUGCCCUAAUCGGAAACUUUGCUGUAAUGUUCUACCGAUUACUUAUUGAUAGAGAUAAUAUCAGGACGAGUUAUUCGAUUUUUGUACUGAAUUUGAGUGUGUCGGAUUUCCUUAUGGGUAUAUACCUGAUGAUGAUAGGCACUUUUGAUGUCAAUUAUCGAGAUAUGUACGCAUGGAAUGAUCAGGAUUGGAGAAAGAGUAUUAUAUGUACCAUAGCUGGAAUUGUAUCAAAUGUCUCUAGUGAAAUGUCAACAUUCCUUAUACUAAUGGUGACAAUAGACAGAGCGAUUGUCAUAGUAUCCCCCAUGUCCCGUCUUUCUCGGCGAAAUAUCUCGUGGAAACAGGCUUGCUUAAUCUCAUUUUUCUUGUGGUUGGUUGCUAUCACAAUUGCUAUCAUCCCUGCUGUUUCUUUGCAAUUCUACUUCAAGAAUGAAUAUUAUUCUCAAUCAGGAGUGUGUCUUGCUUUGCCACUGACAGGUGAUGAACAACCUGGUUCGGAAUAUUCCUUCGCAGUGUUCGUUUGUCUGAACAGUUUCGUCUUUGUUAUCAUAGCCAUAGGCCAACUCUGCAUGUUUAAAAGCCUUAUGACAAGUGGUGGGAGUCGGGUAGCUUCAUCACUGACUCGACAACGAGACAUGAUAGUAGCUAGAACCCUCUUCCUUGUGGUGGCAACUGACUUCUUCUGCUGGUUUCCUAUCGGUGUCAUGGGUUUGAUGUCAAAAAGUGGAUACAAGAUUUCGAAUGACGCAUAUGCCUGGGUAAUGGUAUUUGUGCUGCCGGUCAAUGCCGCCAUCAACCCGUUCUUGUACACAGUAUCAGCAAUUUGGAGGAAACGACAACGAGCACGUUGA